AUGGCAAUCAAUGAACAUCGUGAUCCCAGCGGCGCAAAUGACGCGUUAGUCUCUGAACUGGGACCAAAUGAUCACAGCAGCAACAUUGCUGCGGCUAGAGUCGCGAAAAUUGCGGCGGAAAAGGCCAAGAGAGACGCUGCAGAUAAGGCAGCUGCUGACGCCAAAGCCAAAGCUGCAAAGGAUGCCGACGAUCUGGCCGCAUGUCGAGCCGAGAUCAUUACACUGAAAGCUCAACUUCAAGAAGCGCAACAACUUGCCACUACGAGCAAAGCCCAGAGCACAGAAGCGAAGUCAACUACCGACGUCCUUCAACGUGAUCUGACAGCCAAGUCAAGUGAGCUAGCUGCCGCCAGAUCCGAGAUCGACAAUCUCAAGACCAAUUCGUCCAGCUUGAGCAACCGGGUAUCGCAAUUAUCAUCAUCAAACGAGCAAUUGCAGUCACAGUUAGAUCAGCAGAAGAGCAACUCAUCAAGCCUCAGCAACAGGGUGUCGGAAUUGUCAUCAUCAAAUGCCCAGCUGCAGUCGCAAUUGGAUCGAUGCAAACUUGAGCGAGAUGCCAACUGGAAUGAACUCCAGCAGUGCAAGUCGGAGCUGGACAACGGGGAUGUUACAGUUCGCCAGAUUACAUAUGGUGGUAGAGACUUGACAAAUGACGGAAACAUCGCUUGGAAAGUCAAAGAGCGCGUUCGUAACGGAUGGGGAAUUCCAUUUACGAAUGACUUCUUUGGUUGCGAUCCUCAGCCAGGAAGUAGGAAGUAUGGAGUAGUGCGAUUUUGCAGGUCUCGCAAGGUUGAGGGAUGGGAAUCUGAAGAGAAAGCAAGUGUCCCUUAG